AUGAGACAAGCGCCCAGGUUGCUCAGCCUCGAUGACUAUAACCUCAUUUCACUUGGAUACAAGCCGGUCAUGGCGAGAAAGCUACCAUGGAUGACAGUGGCCGGAGUAGCUCUCACGGCGACCAAUGUCUUCACUGGAGUCAUUCCAUUGUACGGACUAGCCCUGACGAAUGGAGGACCUGCCUGGGCGACCUGGAGCUUUCUCGUUAUUGGAUUGAUGUCUAUUGCUGUGACACUGUGUCUCUCGGAACUUGCAUCGGCCUAUCCAACCACAGCAGGAGUGCACCAUUGGGUGUAUCAAUUAGGAUCCGCAAAGAGGAGGGCGUAUCUGUCGUGGAUGGUCGGAUGGUUCACCAUUGUCAGCGCUGUGACCGUAACGGCUUCGAUCGCGUUCUAUUUCUCCUCGGUGCUGGGGCAGCUAUUACUGUCGCUGCACAAGUCUUCGCUCACGCCUGCAACUCUGGUGAUGUUCCAUUUGGGUGUUCUUUUCGCUUGGCAGACCAUCAACUUGAUGCCUAUCCGCCCGAUAGGUUAUCUCUCCAUCGUCUCGGGUCUGUUUAUGGUUGCGUUGGCAGUAGCGUUGAUCAGCGCGAUGUUGUCAUUGUCAGGAAUCGAGCCGUCGAUGGCCCAAGUCCCCUUUACUGCCGUUCUGAACUAUUCUGGAAGUUCCAAUGCUGUCUACGCAGCAUUGAGCAGCACACUCAUGGCCUCGUUUGUCUUUUGUCCUCAAGACACCAUAAUUCGCAUGGCGGAGGAGAGUAGGCGGCCAGAGAGGGCGUUGCCCAAGCUGAUGGUGGGGUCGACAGUGUCAAGUCUGUUAGUUGGUCUCCCUCUUGUCAUUGUCCUGAACUACGGGAUCGUCAAGACCAUCAGGGGUCUCCUGGAUGAGUCUGUUCCCGGCAUCAAAAUCAUCCUCUCGACGAUUGGCGAUUCGACAGGGACAGUGUUUGUGGUCUUUGUGCUGACAGCCAUCUUCUUCACCGGCCUGAUGCGCCUCUCGACCGCAACCAGGACAGUUUACUCAUUUGCGCGCGAUGGAGGAGUCCCUCACUCGUCCUACUGGAACCACCUUCACCCACGACGAAAGAUCCCUCAGCGCGUGUCCUGGUUGGUCACCAUCGCCUGCAUAUUGACACGCGAAGGAAGUCUCCACUUCAUCCCAGGAAACUUCACCCUCGGCCGCUUCUCAAAACCCCUCCACAUCAUCUCCAUUAUCUGGCUCACCUUUCUCUCCCUCACCCUCGCCCUCCCCUCCACCAUCCCCGUCACAAAGAACAACUUCAACUAUGCCCCCGUCGUCCUCGCAAUCCUCACCAUCAUCUUCGCAGUCUCAUGGUUCAAGGCCAGGACGGAUUUCACGGGUGGUGCCAAGGAUAUCAGUCGUGCCUCACAUCGAAACCCUGCCCGUCGGUCGCUAGAGGAUAUUUAUCCGCACAAGUCGCCUGCACAUUCGCAGUUAGGUCCUGGGUUGGCGGCAUUUCCGCCUGCGCCUCGGGCUUUGCCGCCGUUUCAUCACACACCUUCGGAGGAGACUAUUCAGAGGUUCAAGACUCCUCUUGGCAACAAGACGAGGAAUGGGAUAGCAGCUAAUGGGCAUAACAGGGUUCUUCCUGAACAAGUCACCUUUCCACGGCCCGGUUAUCCUACAUCGCUGACCCCACCCAAAAGGAGCAACCCCAUGACCUCAUCCUCAUCGUCCAGGAAACAGCAGAAGCACCAAGGUCAAGCUGCAGGAGGAGGAGAGGGAUCAACCUUAAGAUCAAGCCCAAGAGACCAUCCUCGUGGACAAGCACCCAACCUGACCAUGAACACUAUAACCUCUGUCCAAAGCCAUCCAGACUCGAUCCUGGGGAUUCCUUUCUCCGAAUCACCAGAGAUGAUGCAUCGAGAACUCACAGUCCAGAACUUCAGCAGUAGCAUCAGCGCCAGCCCAUCCUCGUCUCCAUCACCACCAACGGCACUACCGUCAACUCGCACCCUUGCGACUGGUGGCUCUCAGAGUCCUGACAGUUCUGAAGUAGCUUCUUCGGGGUUGUUUCUGACACGACCAUUUGGACCUGUAACGACAACCACCGACGCUAUUAUCCCCAAAAUCUCGAUUGCUCCUCCAACAACCAACAGCAGCACGAUUGAAAGCGCCAGAGUCACACUUCGUCGCGAAAGUCCUCUUAUCCGAAAGGCAACAACCACUCGUGCUGCUGCUGAUGGUCCUAGCGAGAACAGGACCGUAUUGGCUUUGAGUCAACAGCUUGCUACCUUGGAGACCACCAGCCACCCCCUGAACGCGAUCGAUAGUAUCUUUAAGCUCGGACAUGGAUUGAGCAAUAUGUUCACAUCAGGCAAGAACAAGGUCACGGCCAGCAUGAACACCAGCUCUGAAACCAACAGCCAUCUCCGAACUGGAAAAAAUCGACCGCCAACGCCUUACCCUGGGAGUCUAGUGGAUCAAACCGAGGACUCUGCAGUGUCAGAUUAUGCCGCCUCGAUGAAGGACGACUCUCACACACCCAAGACUAUCUUGAAAUUCUCUCCACCCUCACCACCACUUCAUCCACACAACCAAGGUGGGCAUGGAAGAAACGGAUACACGAUCGAGGAGAUUGUCAACAACACCAUCGUAGUUUUUCCGUCCAUCUCCCAGUUCCCGACUCUGGAUGGGUACCCUUUGAUCAAAUCCUCUUCGACUAUGGAUUUCGGGGCCGAGUUGUCUGGAAGUGACGUCGCCGCUGGUGGUGGUGAUCGAAGACCGUCCAACACUACGACCAUCCGUCCUCUGAUGCUCCCCAUGAGUCGCACGCCCACCAUCCAGGCCACCAGUCAAGCUUAUACCUACACAUCAUCUCUCAACGAUGACCAUGGCGGAGACUUGGAAGGACAGCUCGCAGAAGCAGACGAAUUCUACGAGAAUGAGUAUCAUCACGACUACCCCAUCAUCUCCAUCUCCAAGAACCGUCUCAACUCUCUCUCUCCGACCUCUGGUGUUGCUGGUGCUGCUGUCAGUGGUAAUGGUCUCUUCCGUCUCCCCAACUGUAAUAUCAGAGUUCCUUCUACCUCCACGCUGGCAUUGACACCAUCUGGUAGAAAUAAUAGUGGUGGUGGUAUGAUUCAAUCAUCAACCUUGUUGACUCACUCCACCGGCCCGGCAGCAACUCCAACCACCGUCAUGGCACCCACCAGUCCAAAUCGUCAACAACAGUUCACCCCUCACAACCACAACGAAACCAAACCGCACCGCCAGUUAUCCUACACCGAACGACACGAUCCCAUCGAGCGCCUCCUCCGCCACAAAGCCCAGCAGCAACAACAAUCAAACUCCAUCACCCCUAACGACUCAAAAACCUCCUCCUCCCACCAACACCUCGAAUCUGCCACAAACCCAGCCUUCCAAUCCCUUCAACGCACCCGAACAGUCGCCAACUGGGCCCAAGAACAAUCUCGAAUCCAAGAAAAACGCGCUCGACAUUACGCACGGACCCGGGCAUUGAAGGAGUUGCGGAAACAAAACCCCACUGCGACGCUUUCGAUGGGUUCGAGUUCUGGGUCGUCAUUCACAGACUUUUCAGAAUUGUCGUCUUUCUCGACUUCGACUUCUUCUUCUGCGUCCGGAUCGGCGUCGGGUGCGGGUGCUUCGGCGUCAAAGUUUUUCCCACAAUCUCCUCAACAGCACCGUCAUCAACAACCCUCGAUCCAGGCAAGACCUACACCUCCGCCAUCAUCCUCUUCCCUCACUCGGGAAAAACUAGUCAUCAACACCAACUUUGGCCAAGACAAGAUGCCGUCCUUCCCACGCCACUUUGCCAACAGUAACGGAAGCGGGGGAGGAGGACUGGACAUCGAUUCGAUGAUGAUGGAGGAUAUUCAACUGGACCACCCGACGCGUCUCGAGAUGCUUAUCCAAGAAGAGGACGAAGACGAAGAAGAGGAACCGGGCUUGUAUAUCGAUACGGAUGAUAUUUUGAGCCCUUCGAUGGAGAUUGAGAGUCUUGGAGCUGGUGUUGGACGACUCUGA